CAAGAUCUUGAACCAGAUCAUGGAACUCAAAUUCACGUCUAAAUCGCUGCAACGCCAUGCCAGGAAGUGCGAGAAGGAAGAGAAAUCUGAGAAAUUGAGGGUAAAGAAGGCGAUGGAGAAAGGUAACAUGGACGGAGCUCGUAUCUACGCCGAGAAUGCCAUUCGCAAGCGCACUGAGCAGAUGAACUGCCUGCAGCUCGCAUCCCGGCUCGAUGCUGUUGUUGCCAGGCUCGAUACCCAGGCUAAGAUGACCACCGUUAAUAAGUCCAUGACUAAUAUAGUCAAGUCCCUCGAAUCUUCCUUGAACACAGGCAAUUUGCAGAAGAUGUCUGAGACAAUGGAUCAAUUCGAGAAGCAGUUUGUGAAUAUGGAGGUCCAAGCAGAAUUUAAGGAGAGUGCCAUGGCUGGUUCUACUUCAUCGUCCACACCAGAAGGUGAGGUCAACAGCUUGAUGCUACAAGUUGCUGAUGAUUACGGGUUGGAUGUCUCUGUUGGGUUGCCACAAGCAGGUGCUCAUGCUGUGUCAACCAAGACAGGAGAAGGUUGAUGAGGAUGAUUUGUC